AUUUAUUGGGUUUAAGAUUAGGGGUCUCAUAUGUUCUCCGUAAUGUUUAAACCUCAGUUUCAUUUAAACUCAAGGUGAAACAAUUUGUCGAAAGAUUGAAGUUUGGGAACAAAUGAAACCUUUUCUUUAAAAGUUGAAGUGGUUUAAAUGGCUUCCAAGCUGUGGAGUGUUCGAACAGCCCUUCAGUUCCUUCACAGAACAUCGAGGUCCAAAGAGAAUCAAGAACAACAACAAGACGAAGACAACUUAGCUGCUAAAUUAUUUUACCUACCUAAGUUAAACGAAGUACAGGAUCCCAGUGAUGAAUUUAUCGAUUGUGGCCCUUCUCCACCUACAGAGAACCUGCCUUUGAUUUGGGAUACCUACGAAGUUCCAGAAAACGGAAACGAAGUCAAAAUAUGCUACCACACCAUCGAGCAAAACAUUCUGGAGCAUAUGAGCAACGCUUAUGGAAGAAUAAGUCUUUUAGAUGAAAUUAGUUCUAAAAGAGUAGAUUCCAAGAACAUAGUAGGUGUGUUUUUUGGAGCAUCCCACAUAGAGUUAAACAUAGCCUUUCUUUGGGCAGCGUUUGUGAAAAGAUAUGACAUUUUGGAAAAUUUGUUAUACCUUGGAGCUGAAAUUAAUUAUUUUGAGCCUGCUCAAGGUCUUAGCGCUCUUCACUUAGCAGCUUUCAGCAACUGUAUUAGCGGUAUGCAGUUUUUAAUAUCCAAAGGCUGCGAUAUCAAUGCUCUAUAUAAGUUUUAUACACCCUUACAUUGUGCUGCUUUUGGAGAUAGCAUUGAGGCCACCUUAUUUCUCAUUAGACAUGGAGUAAAAAUCGAUCAAUUCACCAACACAAUUUAUGAGGAGAACGAAAGUGCCCUGCAUUGUGCUGUACGAGCUAAUUCUAUAAAUUGUGUAAAAAUUCUUAUUUGUCAUGGUGCAAGUGUUGAUUGUAGUGAGUUUUCACCAAUACAUCUAGCUGCUGACUUAGGAAAUUAUGAAUGUAUUAGAUAUCUUUUAGAUGGUAAAGGAGCCAAUGUCAAUAGCAAAACCAAAGAACAAGAACAGACUGCUUUACAUUUAGCAGCAAUUAGAGGUAAUCCAGAGUGUAUCGAGGUUUUACUGUCAAAGGGUGCUAAUGCAGACUGUAGGGAUUACAUGGGACAGACUCCAUUACAUUUAGCAGCAAGAGCAAAAGACCUCACAUCUGUAGAAUUACUGGUUAUGACUGGGCGAGCUAAUCCCAAUAUUGAGGAUUACGAUCAAAGAACUCCUGUUCAUGCUGCUAUAGGAAAAUCUGCCUGGUCGAGUAGAAUUAUUCAAACACUUGUAGAAAACGGUGCAUAUCCCAACGUUGAAGAUCAGUAUGGGUAUACUCCCCUUCACAUAGCUGCCUUAAGGGGUUUGGCUGAUUGUGUCGAGACGUUAAUCAAUUAUGGAGCGGACGUUACUUUGAAGACCAAAUGUGGUCACACGCCGUUAAGUAUUAUCAAGAAAAAGGUGCCGAUAGCUUUUAGUGUUUUUACGAAAAAACUUGAUGAUGCUGUGACUUUAUAUAACACUGACUCAUUAAGCAAUGAACCAGAACUUAGAUUAGAUUUUAGAGUAAUUUUGCAGCCCAACCAUGCUGGUGAAAUGAAUUUUCUAUACACUUUAGUUGAAGAAGGUUAUAAGACAGUUCUGCUUCACCCAAUCUGUGCAGCUCUGCUGUACGUAAAAUGGCAGAAGAUAAGGAAGUAUUAUCUAGCAAGAAUAUUAUUUUACGCUAUAUUUAUGUUGGCUUUAUCCUUAUACGUGCUUACAGCUCUAUCACAUUACUGCUAUAAUUAUGGUAACAAUUUUACAGACAUGAAGCCAGAAGAUGUUAUAGAGCUCUGCGAGAAGAACUCUAUACUAGGAAGAGUACUUCGAGAUAGUCCGUUUGUAAUGGAAAUGCAGUGGUUUUUCUUGGUAGGACUUACAUCUCUGGAAAUCAUUAGGAAAUUAUAUGGGAUCUACGGAUAUACUUCUGUGAGACAAUAUUUGUCUUAUCCGGAAAAUGUUCUGGAGUGGUGGGUCAUUUCUAGCGUAUUUGUUAUUUCUUGUGUUUAUACAAAGCGCACUUACCUUUGGCAAAAUCAUAUUGGAGCCUUUGCUAUACUUUUGGGCUGGACAAAUAUUAUGUUGAUGAUCGGCCAACUACCAGUGUUUGGCAUUUACAUAGCUAUGUAUACAAGAGUUCAAAGUGAAUUUGGUAGACUUCUGUUUGCAUACUCGGGUUUACUUAUUGGGUUCACGUUAAGCUUUUGUGUUAUAUUCCCAGACUCUAAUUUUUUUGCUAAUCCAUUUAUCUCUUUAGUAACGAUCAUUGUUAUGCUAUCUGGAGAGUUAAAUUUGGAUAUUCUGGUCGACAAUAAUCCAGACAAUCCUCAUUACUUAUUGGAAUUCAGUGCGCAGGUUACGUACGUAAUAUUUGUGAUAACUGUAACAAUUAUUCUGAUGAAUCUAUUAGCAGGUAUAGCUGUAGAUGACAUCAAAGGUUUGCAAAAGACUGCUACUCUUUCUAAACUAGUGAGACAAACCAAAUUAAUAUCACAUAUGGAAAAAGGUUUGUUUAAUGGUAGUCUUCCUAGGUAUAUUUUGGAACAUUUGCAUGUAUCGGCUUUGGUAUCACCUAAGCCUUCCAGGGUAGUACUAAAUAUUAAACCUUUGAAUCCCAAAGAGACUCGUUUACCGAAAGACAUAAUUAGAGCAGCAUUUAAGGUUGCUAAACGACAAACAGACUAUUUUUCUGGUACUCCAGAUACACCAGUUGAUGACUAUUAUUGGUUUAAUAAUGACAUUACCAAAGACCACUGUUGCCUUGAUAAUAAACCUUUGAUCGGUCUUCAGGAGAUCAUGAAGAGAAAGACUGUUGAGAUAGAGCAUCUUAAGGCAACUAUUCAAGAAAUGAAACAGGCAUUAGAAGCAAACCAGGAAACCAUGCAACAAUGUAUGAGAACUUUUAUCAAUAACAGACGAGGAAGUCGCUUUUGAAUCUUCUGUGUAAUAAACGUUGAUCAAUGUGAAAUUUUAGAAUAAAUUUUUAUAAGAAGACAAGCUUCUAUAAUAGAUACAAACAAAUUUUGUGUUGUAAGAAGUCAUUUUGAUUACGUUAAUUCCCUAUACUACAUUAGUUUUGGGAGAUAUAAUUUCUAUACCAGGAACAAGUGUGGCUAAAAUGUUAUCCCUUAGUGGCUACUCAUUCUGCAAAAUAUAUUCUGCAGACAGCUAUGAAGAAGAGCAAACAGUGUUAGGAUUUUUUAAUUUUUUUAUGGUUAAGUUAGUAAAUGUACAAAAAAUUUCAGUAAAUAAAGAAAUAAAAAAUAAA